UCAAACAUCGCGACUGAACCGCGCGUUGUUUGGAGAGUGCUGUGUUGAGUAGCAGUUAAAUUGAACAUUUCCACCGUUUGAUGUGGAUUUAUUCGGUUUGCUGUUUUGUGUAUUGAUAAUCGGAGCUAUUUAUAGACUAUUGAACAGUUCGGAGUCCAGGCGCAGGCAUGUUUAGCCCCCGCACCGCCCCGGGCUCCGGCCGCAGGCAGCAGAGCAGAGCUACCGGGAGAAAGAGCGUCUCUGGGUCGGGUGGUGGGCUUAUGUUUUCCCCGCGCAGGACGCCUAUGACGGCGAGGUCGACGCCCACUCGAGUGCAGAACCACACCGUCACUGAGACGGUUUACUACGACGUUCAGACGUUUGGUUCAUCGCUGCCUGUCAAAGUGAUGGAGGCUCUCACCAUGGCUGAAGCUGAUGACUCGAUCUCAGUAAAGGUGAACGAGAGUGGCUGGGCCUGGAUGGUUUGUGGAGAGAGACUAAUAAUCUGGAAGAUCUGCCAGACCGCUGUAGCUAAGCUGUCUGUUUGCAAAGAGCUGCAGCUGCCCAGCAGUGAGUUCACCUACACGGCCGACCUGGUAGCUCUGACGUCGGCCGCUCCUCUCAGGACGGCCACCGUUCAGUCCGUCUCCGUCCUCGCCGUGGCUGCAGAAGGAACGGCUCACUUCUGGCCGAGUCUGGCACACGAGGGGACCUACACAGAGUCGGACAUGAACCUGGGAGAUCUCUGCAACUUCGUUGUUGCACUCAGAGGUGGAAGCUUCGUUUUAUCGUCUGUGAAGAAUCAGCUGGUGAGAGCGAGCGCGGAUUCUUCAGGGAAGCUGCAGUACCGAGCCCUGCAGCAGGGUCAGGGGGUUCUGUCCGGGAUCGGGCGCCGUGUGUCCAGCCUGUUCGGCAUCCUCUCCCCUCCAGCUAGCGACGAGCUCCACAGCGUCCUGUGGGUGGAGAGAACCAGCUGCUUGUACUCGCUGACCAGUUCCACUGUGAGCAAAUGGGAAGUGGACGACAGCACAGAACACCAGAUCUUCAGCUGGGACACCAGGAAAGCUCUGACUGAGAGCAUCGUGGAUUCGAUCUGGGGGUCAGAGAGCAACUAUGAGGAGCUGAAGGAGGGAGCGAACGUCACAUACCUGGAUAUGAAGUCGAGCCAACUCGGCCUGGUGGUUUUGGCUGCAGCCUGGCAUCCAUCAGAUUCGCCCUGCCUGGCUUAUUUCUGCCUGGUCACCCUGCAGGAGACCGGAGACACAAUCUCUGACCACUUCACCGUGGAAGUGACCAAGUACAGCUGUCCAUUCCAGAGCGAGGACGAGCUGCAGGCCACACGCUUUGUGCUGCCCGAUCCACCUGGUACCACCGCCAUCCUGUACAACAAGGAGAUGGUGUCGGCCUGCUCAACGGGCACCAGCAGGGCGGCGCUACCAGAUGAGAAAAUUAGCUUCAGUUCACCAGGUGAUGGCAUACGUGGAGGAGGCUGCUGCUCCAACCUGCCGGUGUUUUUCUCCCAGAACAGUGGACUGGUAGCUGUGGUGGCCAGAGAGAGCGCCUCCAUCCUGCCAGAGACCAUGGAGGACUCGCUGUGCUCCUCGCUGGCUGCAGCGCCCGAGAUUUCUGCCAUGGAAACACCAACCAGAUCAGAGCCCAUUGCUCAGGAGGACAAAACCAAACUGCUGAAGGCGGCUUUCCUCCAGUUCUGCCGUAACGACCUGGUUGGCGCUCAGACGGUCACAGACGACCUGUUUCCUGCCGACGCUGAUGGAGAGGAAGGAGCUGAGCUGGACGGCGUUGUGGUUCAGAUCAACCUGGAACUGGUGGACGAUUACCCGGCGUCAGACCCUCGCUGGGCCGAGUCUGUCCUCGGCGAGAGUGCCAGUUUUCCUCUCACGUCCCUCAUCAUCCUCCACCAGCUGGAGGACAAGAUGAAGGCUCACUGUUGCUUCAUGGACUUCCUGCUCCAGGUGGGGCUGCUGGACCGACUCAGCCAGGUGACGGUGAGGUCGUCUCCCAUGGCAACCCGCCUGCUGUUGUGCGAGCACGCUGAGAAGCUGCAGGCGGCCAUGGUGCUGAAGAACCACCACAACAAACACGCCGAGCUGGUGAACCGGGCCAUCAACGUCGCUCUGCAGCGGAGCAGCACCGCCGUGCCGCCCAGCCUCACGGCGGCCGACGUCUUCUUCAGGGAGGUGUCUCAGAUCUCGUUGUUGUUCGACUGUCUGGUGGAGGAGGAGGAGCGGAUCCUGAAGGAGAACCCGGUCGACUCAGAGCAGUGGGCUGACGUUGUGCUCACAGUUAACAACAUACUCAAGGACAUGCUUCAGGCUGCAGGUCAGUACAGAGAGACGAAAGCCUCCAUGUACAGAGCUUCAGAAAAUGCAGCUGCAGAGCCGGAAUAUAUUCCAUGGACGGCUUCAGGCGGUGUAGGAGGCGUUCGCACCGUGCUUUCUCACCAGCACGAAAUCAUCCUGCACUCCGUCUACCCUCACUCCGACUCAGAGUUGCGCAGCGCCCUCUGUGAGCAGCUGGUGGCGCUGUUGGACAUCUACCUGGGUGGCUAUGUGGCCCAGCUCUCCUCCCUGCAGAAGCUGGGGGCCCAACAAGAGCGCUACGACGGCCUGGAGAUGGAGUACAGCCAGCUGCGCUCGGAGCUGCUCAGCCCUCUGUUGGAGCUUGGUCAGUACCAGUGGGUCGCAGCGCUGGCAGAGAAGUACUGUGACUUCGACAUCCUCGUCCAGAUGUGUGAGCAAACUGACAACCAGAACCGCCUGCAGCAUUACAUGGCCAAGUUCGCUGACCAGAACUUCUCUGACUUCCUGUUUCGUUGGUACAUGGAGAAAGGGAAGCGGGGGAAGCUGCUGGCCCAACCCGCCGCGCAGCACCAGCAGCUGGCCAGCUUCCUGCAGUCUCACCAACACCUGAGCUGGCUGCACCACAUCUGCAUCAACGACUUCCAGAACGCCCACAGGACUCUCUACAGUCAAGCCAACAAAGAAACACGAUACUUUGUGAAGAAGAAGACUCUGCUGGCUCUCAGUAAGCUGACGGCGCUGGCCUCAGAUCUGCCACAGGAUGAGAUCAGCAAACAAGUCGAUGAUAUUGUGGAGCAGGAGCGCUUCCUGCUGCAUCAGGAGACCCUGCCCAAGCGCCUCCUGGAGGAGAAAGAGCAGAACCCUGACACCAUGCCUCUGCUCAGCGCUCACAACCUCAUACAGCUGUACAUCUGCGAUGACAACAGGCAAGCCAACGAGUACGACUUCAAAAAAGCUCUGGACCUGCUGGAGUACAUCGAUGAGGAGGAUUCUGUGGACAUCGAUUCUCUGAAAUGUGAAAUCUUAAGCAAAGCACUCAGGAGAGACGACUGGUCGUCUGCUGAUGGGAGCGAUGAUCCUCUGGAAGCAGCUAAAGACAGCAUCUUUGUGAAAAUCCUCCUUAAACUAAUUCAAGAAGGUGUUCCUCUGCAGACUUACCUGCCUGAUGUGAAAGAGCUGCUGGAACAGGACGAGUUGAGUGCUUUGAAAUCAAAGCCUUACUUUGAAUUUGUCCUUCGAGCCAACUAUGAACAUUACUUUCAGGCUCAGAUGUAAUGACUGCUUUUUAUUGCAGUUAAGCUUUCUGCACUUCUGUUUGGCUUUACACUCUAAUAAUGUUCAAGAUUUGUAUGAGUUUUGCUGUUUUUCUAAAUAAAUAUGUUGGUAAUUCUUGA